UUAAAUAUACGUAAUGCUGGAUAUACUUUUCUAGAAAGUCCGUCUUCGGGGUUAUGACCCUGGAAAAUGUAAUAAAGGAAAUCAUGGCAAGUUAGUCAUGGUGAAAGAUCGUGACGAUAAUGACAAACUGUUGGUUUGUGCUGAAGAAAAUAAAGUUUAUCUCUGGAAAGCAACUGAUGGUAAGGUUUCAUAUUGCAUUCCUAUACAAGCUGACAAAAUUUACAAACUAAUCAUGAUUUUGAAUACGAAUUUUUACAAGGUUCCAACCCAACGGGAGAGUAUUUCAAUCCUGUAUACGACUGUUCAGAUGCUCUCAACAAAAUCUCUGGGGCAAAGGAUGGGUUUUAUUGGAUCAAAUUAUCUGGAAAUGUUCCAAAAAAGGUACUUCUAUAUAUCAGCCCUGCUUGCUGCAAUUUAUGAUCAUAAUAAAGUUUACGCCUUUACUCUACAGCACUUUUUGUUCUAGGCGUAUUGUGACAUGAGCACUGACGGAGGAGGCUGGGUGCUAAUUGGUCGUAAAACGAACGCUGUCACGUGGACAGUACCAUCCAAUAACAAGCCAGUUGAGCCAUUUGGCAAACCUCACUGGUCCAGCUCACUUGGUGACGCUUCAAUCGUCGACUUCCGGGUUCAAGUAGCAACAAAAGAAGAUUUCAGUGCAACCAAAUCUCAUUGGUGAGUACAUUAUUAACAUGAAAAUUUCAGCUGUGCAAAAUGUUGUUUUGUGUUGAGCAGUAUUUUUUCAGUGUUUACACGCAAUCGUAACCGUUUAGUGUUGCUCACAUGUAUUAAGGUCAGAUUUCCCGUACCAAUUCAAUUUUGCUUUAUACAACAUGAAGAAAACAUUAGAGCUGCAAGGGAAAUAAGUCUCUUUUAUAGUAAAUUAUGAUCAUGAUGGUCAUUAUAUUGUGGAUAUGUAAUAAAAAUUAUAAUAAUAAUGCUCAUGGAUUAUGGCAAUGGUGAAUGGUGAUAUCAUGAAUAUGUACGAUAAUAUGUAUGAUGAGCGCUUUAAAAUUAUUUUCAUAACUGCAUGUAUAGGUCAUUCAGACUAAAAAACAAACGUCCUUUAAAGAAUCUUUUGAUGCUCAAUGAAGGAGGAUGUGGUAGAUUAUGGCCUGGAAUUGGAGAUAUUUCUUAUGUUAAAGAUCUUCAAACUGAAGAAAUUGUCACAACAAAAUUUCGCUGUUCACAAUUCAGCUCUCAUCAUUCCAAGUCAGAUGGUUAUGGUUGGGUAAGUUUUUUAAGAAUACAAAUAUUUCUAAAUUCGAGAAUUAAGAAACUUUGAAUAAACGCUGUCAAAAUUAUACCGAUUAUACAUCACAAUUCGUUAUAGGACAUGUUGAACAGUUGUUUGAACAGUCCAUGUUCACCUGGCUUUGCCUUCCACAAAAAGUAUCCAGUUCAAAUGGACUUUUCAGGAGCUUUUAGGUAAACAUAAAAAAUAAUUACUAGUGUUGGUGCUUUCAACGUAGGCACAUAUCACGGUAAUACAAUGAUCUAAUGCUGGACAUUGAAUCAUGUUUUUCAGCUAUAGUGCGUCUGGAACUAUCACUUCGGGAAUCACUCAUGAGUCAACCUCAUUUGUUGGCUGUGAAAACCACAAAGUAAGUUUCUUUUCGAGUCUUGGUUAUAUUUAAUUAUAAUCCUGGGUAACCGGCUUAAAAGCAAAACGUCAUUAAAUAAUUAAUGAGUAAAUUGGCCAACCGAAUUACAUUAUCUUGCUCGCAUAUGAUACCGGAGAGUUUUUGAAGUAUCUUGAUCCAGCCCUAUAUAUAUAUAUAUAUAUAUAGACUCCUACAGCAAUGCAUUUUUUAAAUAAUUAAUUCAGUCCUAGGACUUAGUCAAAAUUAAAUUCGUUGACUCUAAUAAUGAUCUAUAAGAAUGAGAUUUCAUUUCAUUUCAUUUCAAACCCUAAAACCCAGAUUGAAUGGGAUGUUCUCCUAGUUAGCUGGAAUAAAUUACACAGACCUGCAAAUUUGAUCACGGACACCAAUAAAAUUUAAUAUAAUUUUUCUUACCACUUUAGUGUUGUGGUUGUUUUGGUCCUGUUGGUGGCAAGAAAAAUUACUGUGGUACUGAUUGCAGUGUUAAAAAUGGUGGAACUUUUGUGAAGAAUGUCUAUACAUGGUUUUGGGUGAGAUCAUCACUACCAAAAAGAGUCUGGAACAAAUGUAUGGAGUAUAAAGUGACUGUUUCUCAAGGGAAAGUGGUUUGGUACAAGUUAUAUAAUGGAAAUUCUAUUCCAGUGAUGGUUGGUUCUCACUUUUCGUUCAUUUUUUUCUAUGAUGAUAACUAUUAACAAUGCUAAAUAAACAUUGGGUUUGUGGAUUGUUUUCGUUAACUUUUGAAAUAGAAGUAGUCAAUAAAGGAUGGAGCCUAAAAAAACAUAAUUUUUUGUGUCUUUUUAGGGUCGAUGUGAUCGGAAUGAAAUUCUUCUGAACGAUGGUGUAAGGCAUUGAUAUGCUAAACACAGUGUAAUGAAUAUAAUUGGAAAACUACCUCCAACUUUGAAGAGAAAUUUGAAGAGAAACUUGAAGGCCCGUUCCAGUCUUUUCACGCAUUUGAAAUCGCGGUCAAACAUGAAUUAUAUUUUUGAAAAUCGGCUUCAAAUUUACACAAAAUGCUUUUAUAACCAGUUAUUCUUCAUUUUACUGGCUAAACAUAAAACAUAAAUGAAGCGUAAUAUUUUUUCAUAUUAACACUGGCAGGUCAAUUGAAACCAUUGAUCUCACUCAUUUAUAGAACUGGACAAACUAAAUAUGCCUAGUUCUAUUCCUUAUAUAUGCUUUACAAUCCUUUACAGAUUGUUGUUGUCCCAGAUAGGGCCACUGCCCAGAAAGUGCCGCCCGUGCCAGGGUUACUGGAAUACCGCAAGGACACCCAGAAACUUUAUGUAAGAUCCAAUCAAAUAUGGAAUGUGAUUGAUCAAGAAAAUAAGGUAACAUUGACUUUGAUAUACCCUCCAGUUCAUAAUUAAACAUCCUGCAGACCUGCCAAGUUUGGAAGACCUAAAAACGUAAGGUUUAAAUUUUCCCAUGCCAAAAACUGGAUAUUUAAACAAAAACCUAAAUCUUAAGACAACAGUUAGACAGUCGGAAGUAGAACGUUUCGCCCCUCUUACAAAUAUUUCAUAAAUUAUCAUAUUCACAUUGACUCGAAGAAUAUUGUAGCAAAAACUCAGUCAAUUUGGGAGUCAGCUACAUAUCCAAAACUUUAUUUCAGAAUACACAAGAAAACCAGUCCUGGAGAUCCAACAAUGAAAUUUUAUGGGCAAACUCCCGCAAAUUUCCAGCCUCUCCGGUAUUUGAUACUUCUGAAUCUAUUGAAUCGAGCGAGAAAUUAAAAAAAUCUUGAUAUUCAAAUUGAACAUUUUUCGCAAUUGCUAAGCCGUUGGGUCUAUGGAAUAUGAAUGUGGAACGAUACUUAGUUGAGAGAACUUAAGUUUAGGGAACUGAAAAUCGUGCGAAUAAGUGCCGCCUUACAGAAUACUUUAUAUCAAUAUAAGGCUAGACUUUUAAAAGGGGCAACGGGGAAUUGGAGAAUGGAAGAAUGGGGAAUAUCGGGGAAUGAGGAAAUGUCUCGGGGAAUAUCUCUUUAUAAAGGGGUAAUAUGAUACUCCCCGAUAUAUUCCCCCAUUCCUCGAAUCUUCGUUCCUCCGUUCCCCGUUCCCCCUUUAAAGAUAGCCUAAAUAUAAUACCAUAUGAUGUCUUUGAGAAAUGAAAUUUUGAAAAUAUCGGAGCUUCUUCUAGAUUCAACAGAAUGACUAGCCUCGUUUUGGUGCUUUUUGCACAUUUCAAAGGCUAUGAUUUCGCUUGCAUGAAUUGUUUUCAAUCGUUAGCAGUCUUUGCCAACUAUCGGUAUAUUAUGAACUAAAAAUAUAAACUAAGAUGAAUCUAGAUGAGGCCUGCCCUGCAGCGGGAACUCGCCCUAAAUCGCCUUAAACCGCCUAAACUCGCGUUAAAUUGCGGCUUACAAUUGAGCGAGUUCUCUUAAAUUGCUUAAAAUCGCUUAAUGAAGUUUAAAUUUAGGAGAACAAUGCGGAAAUGAUGAAACCAAGGUUGGAACAGGUUGAAAAAAAGGAAAGUAAAAUUAUUUUAAGAUUUCAGUUGUACUUAGGACAGCUAGUGAGAAAGCAGAAUGAGGCAUUACAACGACACUAAUAUCUUGAUAUUUUCUACCAUUUAGCUUAAUAUAGAAUUUGCGAAACUCGAGAAAAAUCUGGCUGAACUCAAAACACAGUUGGGAAGGGUAAACAAGACUGUCAACGCCGAUCAUAUCAAGGACAAAGGUGGGUAAUACGCUUAUUUUAUAUCGUCAUUUAGUCCCUUAAAUUCAAAUUAUAAUAAAAAUUCAACAUUUAUACAAUGUUAUUUGACUUCGAUAACUUAUAGUAUGAAGUAUGAACAUAAAGUAUGAACAUGUGGUAUAGUUAUACUAAGAUUAAAAGAUCUAAUUUGGUUGUUUGAUGUGAGGAUUUCAUGGUAAACAUUUAUCUAUAGGCUUCAGAUGCAGUUGCUCCCUGCAAACCUAAGCCGGACAGUAUAAUCACGGGGGGGGGCAAUUUUGUUAGGACCAAUCAGUUUUGUAAUUCUUUCAAAACGGAGUCGUACGUGUAACUUCUUAAUUUAUUCUAUGACAUAAUAUUUCAAAUCUGUAGCUUUCAGACUUUCAUAAAACGUGUCUAAAAUUCAUUAAAUAGCGUCUACUGCUUUGAAAAAUGUUUAUCCUAGGUAUUUUGCUCUGAACAGUUUUUGCAAUUUACAUCUUGACAACACAUUCUUAUUCCAUUAGUUCAACCCACCUCAGGCAAACCUAUCUCGACAACAGCGACUCCCGCGACAAUUUGUUCAAGUUUGUACAAAUCCGGUCGAAGAAGAGAUGGUGUUUACACUAUCAACCCUGAUGGCCUUGGAUCUUUCCAAGUCAGAUGUGAUAUGCAAACAGAUGGUGGAGGGUGGACAGUGUUCCAAAGAAGACAAGACGCAAGUGUUGAUUUCUAUCGUGGAUGGCAAGAUUACAAAAAUGGUUUUGGUGAUCUUAACGGGAAUUUUUGGCUUGGAUUGGAUCGAAUACGUCGUUUGACAAAAUCAGGACAAAAUGUUCUAAGAGUGGACUUGAUGGAUUGGACUAAUGACACAGCGUACGCAAAGUAUGGAUCAUUUUCUGUGGCGUCUGAGUCUAAAGGUUAUAGACUGAAGCUACGUGGUUUUUCAGGUAAAUAUAUAAUUUGAUAAAUAUAAAUUUUAUACAACACAGUGCAGUGACGAAGCCAGGGAUGUGGUGAGGCUUAUAUGCCUUAAGGUGAUGUUACAAAAGGCAACUUUUGCUGCACUUAGCAAUCGCAACUUCGAGCACAAGACAAUGUUAUCCGAAGUCACGUGAAAAAUAUCGGCGGAGUAAAACAUGGGCCAUGCCAUCGAAUAUAACUGGAACGCUACCUCCAACAUUACCCCCAACAUUACCUCCAACAGGAAAUUUGAAGCCAAACUACAAUCUUGGAAAAAAUAUCUGUAGACUUUUCGAAAAUAGACCCAAAUUUGAAAACAUAUGAUGAAAAUGUGAGCAUUUUUGAAUUAAAGCGGAUUUGCAACACAUGUCACCUAAAUACCAACAUUGUAUAAGGGGGAGGGGGACAAAGUUUGAAAAUUUAAGACGUAUACUAAUUUUUUUCCAGGAUUGUAGAAGGCCAGUGUCAGCCUUUUUACGCAUGCGAAGAGCGCGGUCAAUCGGUCAACAUGAAUAUGUAUUCUUGAAAACUGGCUUAAAAUUUACAAAAACGGAAGCUUUUCAACAGCGCUCAAAGCUUUCUAUUGACACAAAUAAACACAUUUAUUCAGGCCGAAAACGUCCUUGUAGACGUUACGUUUAGUUUGUUUUCUAAUAUAAUCGUUUUAAUUAUUGAAAGAGCAUUUUUCUGCCAUAAAAGUGUGCCGCGAGAGAAUCGCGGGACAUAAACACGCGUGUCUUGAUCUCCAGAUUUGGCUUGAAUAUAAGAUAAGCAUCAGGCAUGCAGUUUAUCUGAAAGUAUAGCGUUGCAGUUAUAUUAAUUUCAAUGAGCCAUAGUAACAUUUCUUAGUGAUUCCGUUAUGUAUUUAAGUGUAUGUUUUACUAAUCUAUGAAAUUAUAAAGGUGACGUCGUAAUUAAAACUAAAAUCACGGACAAUUUAAAACAUUAAAAUAAGUUCAAAAUGGUUAGUCAUUGACAAUUGGACAAUACAGAAAAAAUGGCAAACAUUUUGUUGAUAUGAUGAUUAGACAUUUUAAACUUUUAGUAGAGGCUGAGAGUAUCACAUAAUUCUAAAAUGCCAAAUUUUUAAAUAUGUUAAAGACUUUUUAUAUCUAAGGUAACGCUGGUAAUUCAUUGAAUUAUCACAACGGAAUGAAGUUCUCUACCUACGACAGAGAUAAUGAUCAAGAUGGCCGAAACUGCGCUAUGUCCUUCCCAGGUGCUUGGUGGUAUAAAUCCUGUCACAACUCCAACCUCAAUGGUCCCUACCUCAAGGCAGGGAUAGAUCUUGGAAAGGAAUAA